UACUCCUAGUAUUGUGUAAACGAAAGUAAAAAUGCUACCGUUUAAAAAGUUAGUCUCGUGUAACUAAUGCAAUAGUGUUGAUACGGAUGUCCAUGCAUCUUUAACAUUAAAUACAUACACGUUAAAUGUUGUCUGAAUUCGGUGCUUGAGCGCAUUUCAAUUCAAUUAUCGUUCUUAGUGUGUAAGUGAGUCUAUUAGAUUUUCACGACAAUCUCAAGAACAAACGGAUCGAACUCAGUUAGAAGCCACAUCAAAACUACCAACUGUGCCUUUUAUCAGGUUGACAUAAUAAUCUUACUCAAAAAUGUCAAACACAACGCCAAAACAUCAAGAAUCGAGAAGGACGUCUACGCGAGGAGUUUCUAACGACAUUUACCUUUUGUAUGAUGAGUUGGACACUAACCUUGUUAUGCCCUUCGCAGAGCACUUCAGGCCCUUUUACACAGUGUUUGAUCCACAUACAGACGGUGCUCAAAAUGAACCUGAACACCGCUCAUGGUUGGAUAGAGGAAUCUACAGAUCCAAGAUGACGGUCGUGUUCUUAUCGAAACAGUCUCAAAAGAAUUCUGAAUGCGAGUUUCAGCUUGCUCAUGCGAUUAAAAGUCUCACAAAAACAAAGUACAUGCAUAGAAUCGUUGUUGUCAUGGUUGAAUUCUGUAAAAUUCCAAAGAACUUGGGUCAUUUCAAAAUCGUGUAUGCUUUUCAAAAUGAUGUAUUCGAACGCAACGUUCACCAAUUAAGGGAAGCUAUCGAAGCACCUCGUGAGACGUUUACGCGACUCGAUGUUUCCUGGAAAAAUCAUCCCAACGUCCUACAAACGGUGGUUGGUACACCGAAGCUGCAGCCCCUGACGCAGCAGGAAAUACCAAUCAAGAUUUCCCUGUUGGAUAUUAUCAGGAAUCCUCGGAAAGUAAUUGAUGUUCUUAAUAACUUUUAUGUUCGGUGUAAUAAACAAGGAUGUUCAUUCAGAUGUCGCGGAGAAAAUCUCAAAGAGGCACAUGAACACAUCAGAUCAUGUAAAUACGAAUUGGUGCAAUGUAGAUUUUGUAAGCAAAGUGUGUCUCGUAAGAACAUUAAGAAACACGAACAGAGAAAAUGCCGACGUCGCAGCGUGACAUGUCCAAACAAAGGAUGUGCCUUUCUGGGGUGUUAUGCUGACAUUGAGUCUCAUAACACGUCUUGCGAGUAUCGGAUGCAAAAAUGUCUUAACAAUUGCUACGGAUGCAAAUCCGUUUACUCAUUGAAAGAUAUCAUAAAACACAAACAAGUUUGUGAUUAUGAGAAGUGCAUCUGUACUGUAUGCAGCAAAGAGCUGUUUAAAAUUAAUUUAGAAAGACACAACUGUUUAUGUGAGGUCCACGACAAAGCAAGCCCUUUCAGCUCGGAUCUGCUGGGACAAACUAUGGCAAAACCUGAAAAAGAAAGUUCAAAAGUCGCAUCCACAUCCAGGCAUUUGUUGCGGCUUUGUCACAAUCCUGCGUGUGAUGCAAACAAAACGGUGAAAACAUGUGUACCCCGAAUUCCCAUCAUGAACCCUGUUUCCGAUGCCACUUGUUCUGUCAAGAGCAUUGGAGACGAUGACAAUUGCCGAAUGAUCUCGUCCGAUACGAUCAAACAACAAAGAUAGACGUAAUCGGGAUAUCCAACAGCUUUAUGAAUUGUAGAAGGCAAACUAACAGCAGCGGAACAUACGACAGCACACGAUACUUGUUGAAGACAAAUAGUGGAGUAAUGACAAGCGAACGACGCCGGAUAUUUAACGCAUUAGGCGAAGAUUCUUUUGAACUUCCUAAGUCGCUCUGUAGCUUUUCAGAACAUUAUUGGUUAAACAAUUAACUAUUUGUUAAUACUGAACGGCCUAAAUAAUACGAAAUUAUACUAAUUUAUGCAUUAAAAAAUUCUUUUCGUCAUAAGUAUUUUUUUUCAAAAUUUUGUUUUUGUACUAAGCAUGUUAUUUUGAACGGGAUCAUAAAGCUAAUAUUGAAGAGAAGCGUAGAAUAAUAUUUGUUUUAUAUCAAACUGCUGCAAAUUUUAAUGUUGAUUUGGUGAUAAUCGUUUCCCACAAAAACUUUGUAUUGAUUUCGUUAUUGUCAUUUGCUCGUUUAGUGUCUGUAAAAUAUUUGAAUUAUUACCAGCAGUUGCAGUAGAGCUAGUAGUACUGUUGGUUGUGGUGGUGAAGGUGUUCAUGUUGUUUUGUUGUUGCUGCUUUUGGUUUUUCAAUGUUGAUGUUUAUAUUGAAUAUUUGACAUUACGAAACCAAGUUAUUUUGAAACAUACAUGAACAUCGCAGUUGAAUACGUCGUUUAUUAUGUAUUAAAACUUAAAAAGGGGAAUAUAUAGCGAUACCAAGCACAUAGAAGUUUUCUCAAUUAUUUCAAUUUUUAACAGAGAGUAUUUAUUGGAGUCUGUCAUAAGUUUAGCAAUUAAGAUAGUGGUUUCUAUUGUUUUGAUAUUCAGUGCUAUAAAUCAUCUGUUUUAAUAAUUAUUACCGGGUUCUGCAUCGUUUAAGUCUAAAUCAAAUAGACUUAUGCAAUGAUGCAUCUUCAGUGGUGUAAACUUGUAGUGUAUGUGUGUGUGCAUAUAGGUGUAAUAUAGCAUUCGUGAUUGCGUGAUGCCUGCGCUUAUUAAUAAAUGUUAUUGUAAAAUUACAUGUUAACAAAACGGCGUUUUAAUUUUCCUUGGCCCGCCUCUAUAUGUAGAACAAUCAAAUGAUAUCUGAUGGUAUUUUUUCUCUUAACACAAUGCGUUUUAAGCUGCCCGAGUUUAUUAAAACAAAAUUCGUUAAAAGGAUAAUAAUUCACCAGUAUUAAAGUAUAGAAUUCAAUGCUAAAUAUUUAUUAAUUUCAAAAUUUUAUUUGCGUUGUGUUUUGUUUUAGCUGAUGUCAUUAUAAUUACUGUAACACUGUAUGCAAUCUUAUAUUGCAUUAUUUUAUUGUAUCACUAUAUUGCUGCAUUCUGCGUAAUGCCUUUACAUUAUUAUAUUUGUAAGUGUACCUUUUCGUAAGGUAUCAUCGUCAUGUUGACGCUUACUUUAGUCAUUUGCAAACACUUACUGUAACCCAGUAUACAAUUGUAUAUUGCAUUUUUUGUAGCAUUAUAUUGCUGCAUUCUGCGAAAUGCUUUCACAUUAAUAUAUUUGCAUGUGUACCUUUUCGUAAUCUAUCAUCUUAUGUUAACCUUACUAUAGUCAUUUGCACUUUGUAUUGCUAUGUUCACGUGUAUUAUCUAUAAUUGUAAUGGUUCCCAUUUUUAUUGUCAAUCCUUGGUGACUAUUCAUGUGCUUAUUUAUACACCCAACACAGCUUCAAAUAUCAUGAAAAUGAUACCAAACUUAUCACCAUCCUUUAUCGUUUUCUUCUUUUCUUUUCUAUCUUCUUAUCUCUCUCAUACCUCAUGCUCCUAUUCGAAGCAGUUCUGUAGCAAAAGGCGUUUUCAAAUCUUUUCGUCAACCCUGUCGCAUUAUUGCACUAUUGUCAAAUGCAACCAACGUAUUAUGUCAGCGUUUCUGGCUUAUCUUGUAUUUAUUGGAGCAUAUUAUUAUGUCGUACAUUAAACAGAGACCAGUAAACGCUGUCAUGGUUGCAUAGAGAUCACCAGCUAUGUUCUCACUAUUCAUACACUUGUUAUACGCAUGCCAAUUAUGGCUUAAUGUAACAAGCCUUUUUUCACUACAAAUUAAUGUACGCAUGUGUACAAAUAUAUCUCUGAUUAUUGAACACCCAUGCAAACAUGUCCUGAUAGGAAAAAAACAUACAUACUGACAUUAUUUUUCACAACUCGCUCCUAAAUGGUUUCUUGUGUGUCGUUCUAUGUUGUUGGAUCUCUUUAGUCUUAAUGCGAUCAGGUGAUAUUCAUCCAAACCCAGGACCUACUUUGUCUGAUCAAUCUGUUGAUACAGAUGCAAGCAGUUCCUCUUCCACUCUUUAUUCCUCAUCUGCAAGUCAUAUAAGUUUUGUUCAUUACAAUAAACAAAGUCUAAUGCAAACAAUAGAUCUUCUUUACACAGGUUUACGCGACUUUGAUGUAAUUGGGUUUACUGAAACAUGGCUUAAUAGCUCUAUCCCAUCUUCUGAUCUCCUCUUUGACGACUUCCACCAACCGAUUCGUAAAGAUCGCCCAUCAGAUUCUCAUGGUGGCGUAGCUAUUUAUGUUAAUGAAAGUAUUGUUUUUAAACGCAGACACGAUCUUGAAGUAAAUAAUGUAGAAUGUAUAUGGAUUGAAGUUUUUCCCUCAAAACAUAAAUCCAUUCUUUUUGGCGUGUUUUAUAGACCGCCUAGUGCGGAUAGGUCAUAUAUGCUUUCCACUGAAGAUUCUAUAGGGCUAGCCAGAGAUACACAAAUAAAUGAUAUUAUUAGAACAGGUGAUUUUAACAUUAAUGUUCUGGCAGACUCGUCGGCACAAAAAAUAAAUGAUUUAUGUCAACAACAUGACUUAACGAAACUUAUUGACGAACCAACACAUUUUACUGAACACACAUCGUCUAUUAUUGACUUAAUUUUUGUAAGCAAUCAGAAUAAUGUACUUAUUUAUGGAACAGGCGAACCCUGUUUAGAUCAAACUGUUCGGUACCACUGCCCGGUUUUUAUUACAUUAAAAUUUACAAAACCCAGAUGUUAAACGUUUUAGCGAUACAUCUGGCGUUACGAUAUUGGAGAUUUUCCAAAACUACGGCAAUCAAUGACGGAUACUAAUUGGGGUCUUCUUAAAUGCGAAAAUGUAGAUAUCUAUGCAGAAAAUAUUACUUAAACAGUAUUACACAUUUCAAGCACAUGUAUUCUGAACAAAAAUGUUUGUAUCCGUUCUCGUGAUAUUCCAUGGAUAAAUAAUAACAUAAAGAAACAAAUUCGAAAACGGAAACGCUUAUACCAAAAAGCAAAACAAUCCAAUAGUGAUAUAAACUGGUCUAAUUUCCGUCAUGUAAGGAAUGAGGUUGUAUUACUUUUACGCAAUUCGAAAUUAGACUAUUUUAACAGUAUUUCACAGAAACUAAAGUCUUCCGACCUUUGCGCUAAAGACUGGUGGAAAACUCUUCGAACAUUUAUUCCUACGAAAUCGAAUAACACUAUUCCACCUGUUUACGAUGACCAAACUAAUACCUUUGUAGUGGAUGACAUUAGCAAAGCUGAUAUGCUAAACCAGUACUUUGCUAGCCAGUGUUUCAUUGAUGAAAGCAACCACGAACUUCCAACUAUGCACAAUAUAAACGUUAACAGUCUUCAGUCUAUCCAUGUAACACAGGAGGAGAUCAUUGACUCAAUUAAAUGUCUUAAGAUAGGAAAAGCGUCCGGUCCUGAUGAAAUAGAUUAUCGUAUCCUCAAAGAGGAAAUGCAUCAAUUAAGUUACCCUUUGUGUGAUUUGUUUAACUCUUGUCUUAUUUCUUGCAAAAUGCCUUCUUGUUGGAAAAUCGCAAAUGUGUGUCCGAUUUUCCAAAAAAGGCGACCCAUCCUUAACGUCUAAUUAUCGACCCAUAUCACUUCUUAACACUAUCGAGAAGGUCUUUGAGAGGAUAUUGCAUAAACACAUAUUUAACUUUCUUCGUUCGAACUCAUUCUUUGCACCAACUCAAUCUGGAUUUUUGCCAGGUGACUCGACUGUCAAGCAGCUAACUUAUAUUUAUAACACAAUUUGCAGAGCCUUAGACAAUGGCCUUGAGGUCAGAGUUGUAUUUUUUGAUAUAAGUAAAGCUUUCGAUAAAGUAUGGCAUAAAGGUGUAUUAUUCAAACUACAACAAGCAGGAAUUCGAGGAAAUCUAUUAUCUUUUCUGUCUAAUUAUCUUUCUGAUCGUAAACAAAAAGUAAUAUUACCGGGAGCGCAUUCAACCCCUAUCGAAAUUCUCGCCGGUGUCCCUCAAGGCUCUAUUCUAGGGCCACUUAUGUAUCUAGUGUAUAUUAACGACAUUAUCGCCGACAUACAAGCACACAUUCAUUUGUUCGCUGAUGAUACCAGCCUAUUCAUGGUAGUAAAUUCGCCAAACAAAAUUGCAGCCGUACUGCAGUCAGACAUUGAUAAAAUAUCUAACUGGGCUGACAAAUGGUUGGUAUGUUUUAACCCAUCAAAAUCCGAAUCAAUGCUUAUAUCCCGCAAAAUAAACCAUCCCAUCCCCCAUUGACUAUGCAGAACGUUAAUAUACCCACUGUUGAUGUCCAUAAACAUUUAGGUAUCUUUUUAUCAAAUGACUGUACUUUGCAUGCGCAUAUAUAUUUCAUAAAGGAAAAGGCAUGGACACGAAUUCAUAUAAUGCGUAAAUUAAAAAUAAUUCUUGAUAGAAAGACUCUCGAGAAAAUAUAUGUUUCGUUUAUAAGACCAAUCCUGGAGUACCAAAACGAAGCAGCGCGAAUAGCAUCUGGAUGCACGCGCUUUGUCUCGCUAGAGGAUCUGUAUAAUGAGCUAGGAUGGGAAACUAUCAGUCAACAAAGACGCAAACAUAAAAUAAUAUUAAUGUAUAAAAUGCACUCUAGCAAUGUACCAAACUACUUACAAUCUCUUUUACCCGCAACAGUUGGAUCGCGUAGCAAUUACUCAUUAAGAAAUGCGUCUAAUCUCCAAACAAUUCAAGCACGAACAUCACUGUAUUCGAAUUCGUUCUUACCAUCAACUGUAUCUGAAUGGAAUAAUCUCUCCGAUGACGUAAAAAAACGCUGAAUCGAUCUAUUCCUUCAAAAGGCUUAUUAACACAGAUCGACCGAUUCCAAAUCCAUUAUUUUCCUACGGAGAAAGACGCCCUCAAAUGUUACACACGCGCCUAAGAACAAAAUGUAGCGCCUUAAAUGACCAUCUCUUCAGACGCAAUAUUAUUUCCUCUCCGCUAUGUAUAUGCGGACUUCACGAAACGACGUCACAUUAUUUUCUUGAAUGCACUCGGUAUGAACAUAUUCGCGGUGAACUUAUAAACUCAAUAUCCAUGUAUUCCUUUCCCUGCAUUGAAACUCUUUUAUAUGGAGACGCCACUCGUGACUACUUAAUCAAUACUAGAAUAGCUGAUGCAGUUCAUAAAUUUAUUACCAAGAGUAAGCGAUUUGAUUCGUAAUUUGCUACAGAAUGACUCUUAAUCCCUUUUUCUUCCCUUUCACUCAACAAGUCUUUAUAAACCUCUCUUUUUCUUCCCAAACCUCUGCUAAUCUCUUUGCUACAUUGCUCACAUGUCAAUCCGUUUUCUGUGUUUUCACACAUGAGACUCUAUACACGGAGUUUCUCUUUCUUUUACCAUUAUGGUAUUAUUGUUUAAAUUGUUUACAUCCAAUAAUGUCCGUUUGACAACAUGAAACUAUUAUUGCAUAGGGAAAAGAACUCUAUAAGACCGUGUCUUUCGUUCUUAUCCCAUUCGAACAUGUACGUAUUAUAAACAUUGUUGUAAUUCUAUGUAAACAAAUUUGCAUUGUUUGAAAUAAAUAUGUUUAAACUAAAUCAUCUGUUUUAAGGACCUAACUUGUGGAAGAUUGUGUCGUAUGUUUUCGUGCCCAACGCCGAAAACAUCUUCCAUUGAUAAUCUACUCGCUUGUUUGGUGUUUCUUCUGAUGUUUGUACAAAUAUGUAGAAUAUUUUUUCAGUUUAUACUACAGUUUUUGAAGUGUGUCUUCUAGCCAUGACGUGUUGGUAUUGGCCUUGGUUUGUGUACAAAGCAGUUAAAUGGUUUCUGUAUUAAAAGUAUAUCUGGUAUUAUAUAUAUCCAAUCAUAAUGAUAUUAAUCGAAAGAAUAAUAAAGUUCAAGGGGAUAUUCGUUAAGAAUCCGUCUGUUUCUUCGAUGCUUUAUGUUUUAUCUACAAACGUUAUAAUUUAGACAACGGGAAAACGUUUCUAGAUAACUAACGUUUAUACUAAUAAUUGAAACAAUAUAUUGAAUUCAGUAAGUAUUUACAGUUUACAGUUUUCGUCACGGUUUGUAUGUUGAGAUAAAUGUUUUGAGAACUAAUAAUAUCAAUAUUAAAACAAACAAAAAAAUUAAAACGGCUAAACAAAACUACGAAGUAAAGACAACAAUACAUUAUUGAUUAAAUAGUUCAUAGUUUUUCUCAAGUGUAAAAGCUUUUUAAGUUUACGGCGGUUAAGUUUAUUAUUUAUAUAUUCGACAUACUAAGAAAUUUGUUUUAUAACGUACUUCGUGUGUCGGGCUUAUAAUAAAUCAUAUAGUUCAUGAUUUGUAGGCAGGGUUUUAAUACAUCCCUUUUUUAUUCAUAGACCCUAUUGGAAGACAAAUAUUCUAGUGUUAUAGUGCUAAUGAAACUAAACCUAUUGUCGCAGGUUAGACUUCCAUCAUUUUAACCUUUUUUCACCAAUAUUUCAUAUUAUUUUGUUAUAUGUUUCAAUAAAAAAAAUUUGUGUUUUUGCAUAUCUAUGGCUAGUUAGAUUUUUGUUUGUUUGUUGUUUUCGUGUUGUUGUUGUUU